GCUGCCGCAGUGUCCUCUCCGACGGGGCGAUGCUGAGCUACGGCGCGGAGGUUCUCUUCGGCGGCGGCCCCUCCUCUUUCCGCAAGGAUGCCGGCGGCGGCUUGCGCUCGACGGGGCCGGCCGUCUUCUCGCGCUCCGGCGCCGUCUCGCUGGCCUCCAGCGGCUUCCACUCGCAGCCCUGGUCGCGCUGCUCGGGCUCGGCCUCCCGCCGCCAGCUGGGCUCGUCCACCGAGAGCCUGGAGUCGCGGGCCCCGCUGAACGGCGAGCUGCGCGGCGGGCGCAACGAGAAGGAGGUGCUGCAGGCGCUCAACGACCGCUUCGCCGGCUACAUCGACAAGGUGCGCGGCCUGGAGGUGCAGAACCGGCAGCUGGAAGCCGAGACGGCAGCCCUGCGCCAGCAACAGGCCGGCCGCUCGGCGCUGGGCGAGCUGUACGAGCGCGAGAUCCGCGAGAUGCGCGGCGCGCUGGUCCGGGCGGGCAACGAGAAGGGGCAGCUGCGCCUGGAGCAGGAGCGGCUGGAGGAGGAGGUGGCGGCGCUGCGCCAGCGGCUGGACGACGAGGCCCGGCUGCGCGAGGAGCACGAGGCGGCCGCCCGCGCCCUGGCCAAGUUCACCGAGCAGGCCCAGCGGGCCAAGGGCGAGCUGGAGAAGAAGCUGGCCGCCCUGGGCGAGGAGGGUCUCUACCUGCGCCGCAGCCACGGCGACGAGGUGGCCGAGCUGCUGCGCCAGAUCCAAGGCGGCAGCCCGGCUGCCGUCUUCGAGAUGCGCGAGCUGCCCGCCCACCAGUCGGACGUCACCUCGGCGCUCAAGGAGAUCCGCGCCCAGCUGGAGGGGCACGCCUUCAAGAGCUCCCUGCAGUCCGAGGAGUUUUUCCGAGUGAAGCUGGACAAGCUGUCGGAAGCUGCCAAGGUGAACACGGACGCCAUCCGCGGUGUCCAAGAGGAGUUAUCGGAAUAUCGCAGGCAGCUGCAGUCCAAAACAACAGAGUUGGAAACUCUUCGAGGAAUGAAGGAGUCCUUGGAGAGACAGAGGCUGGACGUUGAAGAUCGCCACCAAUUGGAUGUCCAGUCUUAUCAGGAUACAAUUGCCCAGCUGGACAACGAGCUGAGGAAUACCAAGUGGGAAAUGGCCGGGCAGAUCAGAGAAUACCAAGAUCUGCUGAACGUCAAAAUGGCUCUAGAUAUCGAGAUAGCUGCCUACAGGAAGCUGCUGGAAGGAGAGGAAUGCCACUUUGGCAGUGGGAUGGGGAUUUUCCCUUUCCCCGAAAUCCCGCCCAAGUCCCCGAGCAUUCCCACUCACAUCAAAGUCAAAAGUGAGGAGAAAAUUCAAGUGGUGGAGAAGUCAGAGAAGGAGACGGUGAUUGUCGAAGAGCAGACGGAGGAAGUGCAGGUGACCGAAGAAGUGACGGAGGAAGAAGAAGAGGGUGAGAAAGAAGAGGAAGCGGGAAAGGAGGAGGAGGAAGAGGAGGAAGCAGAAGAGGAAAAAGAAGAAGCUGAAGGAAAAGAAAGGGAAGAAGCUGGAACAGGAAAAGGAUCUCCGUCUGUGGAGGAGACCUCGUUGCCAGAAAAGAAGGGAGAGGAAGCCAAAUCUCCUGAGAAGGUGAGUUCUCCCGCAAAAGAGGAAGCCAAGUCCCCCGCCAAAGUCACGUCUCCUACAAAAGAAGAAACUAAGCCUCCAGCCAAAGUGGUGUCACCUACCAAGGAAUUGUUGAAAGUCCCGGGCAAGAAACCGGUGGAAGAGGCAACAUCCCCCAUCAAAGAAGAACGCAAAUCUCCAGCAAAACCUGCAUCUCCCGCCAAGGAAGGCAGCCGGACUCCAGAAAAGCUGAAAUCUCCAACCAUGGAAGCAGACAAACCUCCAGCUCUGAAGAUCCCAGAGAAAGUGGCUUCCCCAACAAAAGAGGACCUCAAGACACCAGAGAAGCCGAAAUCUCCAAUGAAGGAGGCAGAAAAACCUCCAGCUGUGAAAAUGCCAGAGAAAGUCGCUUCCCCAACAAAAGAGGACCUCAAACCUCCGGAAAAACUCAAGCUUCCUCCAAAAGAGGAAGCUAAAUCUCCAGAGACGGUCAAGACCCCCGUCAAGGAAAAGGCUAAAUCUCCCGAAAAAGAGGCAGCACCCCAAAAGGAACCAGCCAAGCCGGCUGCCAAAGAGGAGAAAGAAGAAAAAGAAGUGCCAGCCAAGCCCGUGGCCGAGAAGAAACCGAGCAAGAAAGAAGAGGAGAUCAAGCCGGAGAGCCCAACCAAGGAAGCUCCAAGGGCAGAAGCCAAGGAGAAGGAGAAGAAGGCCGAAGACCAAGGGGAAAAGAAACAAAGCCCCAAGGCCAAGUCACCUACCCUUGAUGGGAAAAAUGCAACUGCUGCUCCCAAGGCUGAGGACAGCAAGGGGAAGGAGAAGGAGGCCACCACCAAACCACCAUCCAAACCAGAACCGGAGAAAGAGGUGGAGAAAGGGAGCAAGGCACCUGGGCCGAAAUCUCCAGCCGAGGAAGUGAAAGCCAAGACCCCAAGCCCACCGGCCAAGAAGGAAGCCGAGAAGGCCCAGGCCGAGGAGAAGAAAGCCGAGCCCAAGAAGGAGGAGAAAGAGAAACCCAAAGCAGCAGAGAAACCCAAAGAAGAAGCUCAGAAGACCUCAAGCCCCAAAGAGUCUCCCACAGUGGAGGGUCCCAAAGAGCCCCCAAAGGCAAGCAAGACGGAGAAAGCCGAAAAGUCAUCCGGGAUGGAGCCCAAAGACAGCAAAGCCUCCGAAAAAGAAGAGAAGACCAAGAAAUGACCAGAAGAGGCUGGAGGUGUCUUGAGACCGGCACCAAAGGACUUGGAAGACCACCUGUCUCGGGACUGGCUCUCCUCCAGGCUAGAUUGAGGGGAGGCACCUCGGAUGCAUGUUUGCAAUACGUCGAUCCGGGAGGAAAGAACCAACCCACGCCUAAGCCACGAUCGAUCUGAGACUCGGGUGGGGAAAAACAAACAAACAAAGGAACCCCGGAUGGUUGGUUCCAAUAUGUUAUUGACAGCUUCCGUAGCCGAAUGUGAUAUAUGCAGAAUGCCAUUUAAGCACUUGAAUUAUUAAAGGGGGAGGGAAGGGGGAGGGGGGAUCGAUAGUUGACUGCCCUUCUCAGAUAAGUGCAUUUAUUUCCCAAAGAGGGGCAAGGGGGGGGGCCCACACGCAAUAAACUCAGAUGCCGAAUAUAGCAAGAGCUGGAGUUCUGCUUCGGAGAGAUGACUUAAGGACAGAGAAAUCUCCCAAAAGAAAUGCUUUAAAGAUUGCUCAAGGUCGUUCGAUGUGCACUGCUUGCACAGGAGUGUGGACGGCAGGCCUUAAAUCCAGCCCUUGGUUUUCUCAGGAGGAAAUGUAUUUUCAGGGGAGGCCUGUAGAAAAGCAGGGGUCGAAGUGUGGGGGGGCUCGUCCCCUCCAUUCAGCCCCCACCGCUGUCUCAGAGGAGCCUUCUCAGGUGCUGGCUUGGCCCAAGAGUUAAAAGAAUUUGAGGCGGAGGAUUUUUUAAAAUCCCCACACUCAAACUCUCCGGCUCCUUUGCGGCAGAGCAGGGACACCCCCUGCCCCAAACCUCAUUAGGAGGGAAAAACCGGUGUAGUUUUGUAGCGUCGAACACCUCUUGACAUGAGCAAUCCCGUGUGCGGAUACAUAUUCACAGACACGCACACACACACACACACACACAAAGAUUAAAAAGUGCAUUACACCAUGUCAAAACGUUCACCUCCGGUUGCUUCUGUGCAAUAAGACGCCAAUUAAAAAAAUGCUUACAAUA